AUGCGCAAAAAGUCGUUGACGCCUGCUUCGCCCUCUCAUCCGGCCGAACUGACCCGCAAGAGGUCGAACCAUCAUGCGAGACGAGGCCUUCUCACGCCACUGUGCAAACUUUCACCCGACUCCAUUCCGGCUGCGUCUGUAAUCGAGCCCAAGAAGAGAGCGAGAGAGAGUAAACGACGAGACACACCUUUUUGGCCCUCAGCAACAAGAAUGGCCAAGAACCAGAAAGUCGUCGUUGUCGGCGCCGGCCCCGUCGGCUCGUUGGCGGCGCUUUACGCUGCGCAGCGCGGGUACGAUGUCGAGAUUUACGAGUUGAGAGCGGACCUGCGAGACCCUUCCACGACGCUCUUGAACUUCACCCGGUCCAUCAACCUGGCGCUCUCGGAGCGAGGCAUCAACGCCAUGCGCAAUGCUGGCCAACCAAAGUUACUGGAACAUGUCUUUGGCGCCACGAUCCCCAUGCGGGGGCGCAUGAUCCACGGCAGAACCCCGAAAGGUGAUCUGUACGAAGCCGCCCAGGACUAUGACGUCCACGGUCGGGCCAUAUACGCCGUGGACCGUGCCGGCCUGAACAAGCGCAUGCUUGACAUUCUCGAGGAGAUGCCCAACGUCAAGUUCUUCUUCAGCCACAAGCUCACCGGCGCCGACUUCAAGAGAUGCAAGGCCUGGUUCGAGGUCAUGACCUCUGAUUCCGCCACCGGCCGUGCCAGGGAGAUUGAGAUUGACUUUGAUUUGAUGAUAGGCGCCGAUGGCGCCCAUUCGGCCGUCAGGUACCAUAUGAUGAAGUUUGCUCGGAUGAAUUACAAGCAGGAGUACAUCGACACUCUGUGGUGCGAAUUCCAGAUCAAGCCCGCAAAGCCGCCUUCGGCAGACGCCAAAGCCCCCCAUUUCCGAAUCUCACCAAACCACCUCCACAUAUGGCCCGGCAAAAACUUCAUGUUCAUUGCUAUCCCCAGCGAUGACGGGUCCUUCACAUGCACACUGUUUUUGCCCAGCGAGCAAACCGCUGCACUGGAAAAUGACCCUUCGAGCCUGCCCGCCUUCUUCGACAAGCACUUUCCCGGUGUCACGAAUCUCAUUCCGGCCGACGACCUGAUUGCCUCGUUCAAGCAGAACCCGCAUCUGCCACUGAUCAGCAUCAAAUGCAGCCCGUACCACUACGAUGCAUCCGCAGUCCUCCUCGGCGACGCCGCCCACGCCAUGGUCCCCUUCUACGGCCAGGGCAUGAAUGCAGGCCUGGAAGAUGUCCGGAUCCUCUUUUCCAUCCUGGACAAGCACUGCCGCAUGAGCGAGGUCAACGACCCCGCGGGAGAGGCCGACACCUCCGCCGCAGCAGUUCACCAAAGAGGCGUCGCGUUGGCCGAGUACACGGCAAACAGAGUCCCCGACGCACACUCCAUCAACGACCUGGCGCUCCAGAACUAUGUCGAGAUGCGCGCUUCGGUCUUGUCUCCCCGGUACCGCCUUCGGAAGUGGCUCGAGGAGGCCAUGUCCGUGUACCUUCCCGGGCUGGGCUGGCAGACCAAGUACUCCCGCGUCAGCUUCGGGAACGAGCGGUACUCGGAGGUCGUCGCCAAAAGCGACCACCAGGGCCAGGUGCUGGUCAAGACGUUCGAGGCGCUCGUCUGCAGUCCGCUCGUGGCCGGGGCCGUGUACGUGUGGUGGAAGCGACCGCAGGCGGUCGUGGGCGUCGUUCAGGGACUCUUGCGGGCUCUGUUGCGGGCAACGGAGCGCGUUUGAAUUGUUGGUGAUGAAUCUAGAUACCAAUUACUUGUGUACUUAUAUGAAGAUGCAAAAUGCCGCCUCUGAAGGCAUGAUGUAGCAAGCAGCGGUAGGAUUUGUCCAAUAAUCUUGUUCUGCAAUGAAGACUAAUGCCAAGACGAAGAUGGGGCUGUCUUACAUGCUGGAACCACUCGAAAAGAUCGCAAAGAGGGUGUUAUAAACUGGUUCCCCCAGUAGAAAGCGGUCAGUGAAAACGAGACCGGCAAUGUGGUGAACGAGUGCAAGCAAGAAAACAGACACCAAGAAUAGGUGCAUUUACACAGACGAUUCCAAUCGAAAGUUCCUGACGAGCUUUGUACAAGCUAAACCCUUCUUCUCCCAUCACUCGGAAUUCCGAACAGCUGUCAAGAGUCUGGCCAGCCGGGUAGUGUCCGUUGGCUGGCCGGACAAUGUCUCCACUUGCUUCCGACGGAGGAGGCAAACACCCGCCGAGCACCGAAUCGGACACCAGUAGCCCCACAGCGCCGAUUCGGCUACCCUCCGCUCGAUAUCGCAACGGUACAGUCGCAAUCUUACCAACAGUUUGCGGCUGGCUGUGCACGGCUGCAUGGCUGCGCGGUAAAAGCGCGGUUGCCUAACAUUGUCUGGCGAGCAAACCUCAUGUU